AUGGCACCUAAUGCCAGAGAUUCCCUGGAAUCGGUGCCAUCUGCAGAGCACAUUCCUGAUUGGGACCGCAUGCAGCAGUCGGCCAUGUACGACCUGUGUCUGGGCAUGAGGCAGGUGAGCCAGGAGUUCUUGCGGCUGCAGCUCAGCUACGACGAGUUCCUCUCCAUGAAGGUCCUUCUGCUUCUCAGCACAGUUCCAAAGGAGGGUCUGAAGAACCAGGCAGCGUUCGAGGAGAUGAGAGUUAAUUACAUCAAGGAGCUCCGGCGUUCAGUGGGAAAAGCAACCAACAACUCUGGCCAAACCUGGCAGCGCUUCUUCCAGCUCACCAAGCUACUGGACGCCAUGCAUGAUCUGGUGGGGAACCUGUUGGACUUCUGUUUCUACACCUUUCGCGAGUCCCAGGCGCUAAAGGUGGAGUUCCCCGAAAUGUUGGUGGAGAUCAUCAGCGACCAGAUACCAAAGGUGGAAUCGGGCCUCACUCACACAAUCUACUUCCACAAGAAGUGA